GAAGACGCUUGUGGCGCCAUCACAAUAGGUGCUCUCCUCUCUCAACCUGUCUCAUCACAAGCCCAGACACAGCAACGUUUUAAGUCUAAUUCUACUGAACAGCAAAUCGUUUUGGAAUAUCACCCAGAUAGAGCAGGACUGAAGUAUUUGACGAGGCAACACUCUUCCUAUGGCAAAUGACACAGAGAAUGACCCAUGCCACAGCAAUCUGCACAUUGACAAGGGGAACCCGCGCAUCAGCGCGAUCAUGUUCUCCGCCGGAGUGAUAGGGAACUUGUCCGCUUUGAUCCUUUUGGAGAUCCGCCGCAGGAAGUACCAGAGCCGGCAGCGACUGUCGCUCUUUCACGUUCUGGUCACCACGCUGGUCGUCACGGACUUGAUGGGCACCUGUCUGGUCAGCCCUUUUGUCCUGGCUGCCUAUUCCUUAAACACCACCAUUAUUGCUAUGAUUAACACUGAACCACCUGCAAUGUGUGAGUAUUUUGGAUUCUGUAUGACUUUUUUCAGCUUGGCCACAUUAUUUCUCCUCUUCGCCAUGGCGCUUGAGCGAUGCCUCUCAAUUGGCUACCCCUACUUCUACGGGCGGCACAUCACUAAACGUUGUGGAUAUAUCACCAUUCCUUUCAUCUAUUUAGUUUGCGCGGUGUUUUGCAUCAUGCCCUUUUUGGGUUUCGGGGACUACGUGCAGUAUUGCCCGGGCACGUGGUGCUUCAUUGACAUGAAUCCGUUAAUGCCCGAAGACCGUGUUUACCCAGUCCUGUACGCAACUGUUAUGCUCAUUUUAGUCCUUUCUGUAGCAGCUUGUAACGCCUUUGUCGUUUAUCACCUGGUUUUGAUGUACCGGAGGCGCAAACUAAACGGGGGAUCCGUGACAACUCGGAGUAAGAAGGACCGGAGAGUCCUCUCCAUGUCCGAAGAGGUCGAGCAUCUCAUCGUACUGGUGUUCAUGACGGGGAUAUUCAUGAUUUGCUCCCUUCCUCUGGUGAUCCGUGUGUACAUAAACUCCGUGGGCCAGCGGAAAGAGAGCCACAAGACGGACCUCAUCGCCCUCCUCUUUCUCUCCACCAACUCCAUCGUGGACCCCUGGGUGUUCAUCUUCCUCAGCCCGUCAGUGCUGCGCUUCUUCUGGGGAGCGUUGUGCAAGGUGCCCCUCCUGCGCUCCAGGUAGUCCUUCUUCAAGUCUUCCCUGGGGAAGGACACACACGCCCAGCUGGAGCUGUGCAAUCCCAGUGCUUCCUCUGAGUUCACCCACCCCCCAUGUCCACGCAGAUGGUUUGACCCGCUGAUGUAUUGGACCUGAUUGGGGCCUUGUAAUAGCCUCCGAAGGGAGAAGCCACUCAGAAUAGAGCUGCUGCCCACAUGUCCCGGCCCGCCUGGUG